AUGAGUGCAGAAAAUGAAAUUCAAGAGGAAAGAACCUAAGGUGAACAAUUUGAAAAUUGGAAAUAGAAUGUUCCUUUCAUGUAUGAGAUCUGCAUAAGCCAUUAAAAUAGUUGGCCAUCUCUGACAGUGACUUGGUUGAAUGAAAUUGAAAUGUUAUUCUAUUUUAACUAAAUUUAGAGACCAAAAUAACAAUGAAGUGCAUAAAUUAAUUGUGGCUACAUAAACAGCCAGACAAGAAUAGGAAUUCAUUAAUGUGCUUAGACUAUCACUUCCACAGUACACAGAAGAAGACUUUGAUGCGUCCUCCUUAAAUAAUAUAUGUAAUCAGAUAAACCUAAUGAAAAGGGAAAACUCAAUCUGUUGGCAAGAUAACACAGGAAUCCCAAAUUCCAGUUUAACAUGAAAUCAAUAAGAUCAGACAAUAGCCUAUGAGUAAAAGUAUUCUGGCAGCAUAAACUAGUGUUGGUGAAAUAAGUAUAAAAAUGAAUAAUUAAAUAAAGGCAUUUAUGAUAUAAAUAAACACCAAAAAGUGCUGUCUCUAAAAGGAUAAGAAAGAGAAGGCUAUGGGUUAUCAUGGAAUCCUAAGAAUUAGGGACAUCUAUUGUCAGCUAGUUAUGAUAAGAAGAUAUAUUAUUGGGAUGUGACAACUGGAUAGUUAAUAAAGUCUUACAAUUUCCAUAGUCAAGAAGUUGAGGAUGUGUGUUGGCAUCCUCAAGAUCCUAAUCUAUUCAUAUCUUGUUCUGAUGAUAGAACAUUUGCAAUGUAAAUAGGCUUUCAUGUAUAUUAGAUGUGACACUCGCUCAUAAUAGGGGAUGAAAAUCUAAUAGGAAGCCCACUCUUAAGAGAUUAAUUGCAUUUAAUUUAAUCAAUUGGAACCAAGGUAUUUUGCAACAGGUUCAAAUGAUGCAGAAGUUAAAAUGUUUGAUAUCACAAAACCAGAUAAUUAGAUUUAUUCUUUUUCAAAUCAUGAAGAUGCCAUUUAUACUCUUUAAUGGUCUCCUCAUAAAAAGAAUUUGUUAGCUACAGGUUCUGUGGACAGCAAAGUUAUUUUGUGGGAUUAUUUGAGAGUAGGUAAAUCACAGGAGAGGGAGUUCGAAAGAGAUGGCCCUCCUGAAGUAGUGGUAAUUAUAGAUGAUGUAAAGCAUUCUAGUUUUAUCAUGGAGGUCAUCGAUCGAAGGUGAAUGAUUUGUCUUGGAAUCCCAAUCAUAAGAAUUUGAUGGCAAGUGUAGAAGCUGACAAAAAUAUGUUGUAGAUUUGGAAGAUCUAACCUUAAUUAUGGAUGGAUGAAGAAGGUGAUGAAGCUAUUAAUUGA